AUGCCGCCGAGUUACGAACCUCCUUACAUGGUGCCUGCGGCCAAUGCCGAGAAGAAACCCGGCGAAACAGUUGCGAUGCGUCAUUUCAAGUUCGUCGACAAACUCGUUGACCAUCCCGAAAAUGUGUAUACGCUUUGGGAAAUGUACCUUUACGGCAACAAGAUCGGCGGCAACAAACCUUUCUUGGGUGUUCGUCGCAAGGAGAAUGGCGUAGCAAAGGAAUAUGUUUGGGAAAGCCAUGCUGAAGUACGCAAACACAUUGAAAAUUACGGCAAAGGUCUCGUUAAGCUCGGUUUGACUCGCCAAAAAGCUCUCGGUAUCUACGCUGUAAAUCGUCCCGAAUGGACCAUGACGGAAAUUGCUUGCUAUCGACAAGCUUUGAUGAUCGUUGCGUUGUAUGACACGUUGGGCGCUGAAGCAAUUGAGUACAUUGUGAACCAGACGGAAAUGGAAUUCAUUGUGGCCAGUGCUGACAAACUGAAAAACAUCACUCGACUUAAAGCUCAACUGCCUACCAUUGGUACAGUGAUUAUCAUGGACGACACCAUUGAUUCGGCCGAUAAACAGCAAGCCGAGCAGGAAGGAUUGCGUGUCUAUACCUUUAAAGAAGUCGAAAAGAUGGGCGAAGCCAUCACCGAAGAAACACCUCUUCCCAAACCUGAAGAUAUCGCCACCAUCUGUUAUACCAGUGGCACCACUGGUGUUCCCAAGGGUGCUGUGCUGACGCAAGCCAACUGUGUGGCUUCUGUUUAUGCUGCUGCCGCGGUGGGUGAUAAGGGCACUUUUGCUGCCGUCGAUCACACCGAUGUCUACAUUUCCUACCUUCCUUUGGCUCACGUUUUUGAACGAGUGGCUCAGUUCCUUCACGUUUACCGUGGUGCGGCCAUUGGUUACUAUCAGGGUGACACCUUGAAAUUACUUGAUGACAUUGCAGAAUUGCGUCCUACCGUAUUCUGCUCCGUGCCACGUCUCUUUAACCGUAUUUACGACAAGGUGCUCUCGGGUGUGAAGGCCAAAGGCGGUAUCAGCAGCUAUCUUUUCUUCACCGCUUUCAAUGCCAAGAAGGCUCAAUUGGAUAAGACCGUGAAUCAUUGGCUUUGGGAUCGUGUCGUCUUUGGUCAGAUUCGACAAAAGCUGGGCGGUCGUCUUCGUUUCAUUCUGAGUGGCUCCGCGCCUGUGUCACCCGAUGUGAUGGACUUUAUGAGAAUCUGCUUUUCUGCAAGGGUGUACGAAGGUUAUGGACAGACAGAAAAUUUCUGUGGUGGUUGUUUGACCAUCACUGAUGACAACACUUCUGGCAUUGUUGGUAUUCCUUUCCCAUGUUCCGAGAUCAAGUUGGUCGAUGUACCUGACAUGGAAUAUCUGUCUACCGAUAAACCUAAUCCUCGCGGUGAAAUUUGCAUUCGCGGUAACUCGGUGAUGCGCGAGUAUUAUCAAGUGCCUGAUAAGACGGCUGAGACCAUUGACGCCGAUGGCUGGCUCCAUACGGGCGAUAUUGGCAUGUUCGAUUCCGCCAACCGUGUCAAGAUCAUUGAUCGUCUCAAGAACAUCUUUAAGCUGUCUCAGGGAGAGUACAUUGCGCCUGAAAAGAUCGAAGGCGUGUAUCAGAAACACGAAUUGGUGGCUCAAGCAUUCGUGUAUGGUGAUUCUAUGCAAGCAUCUUUGGUGGGUGUCAUUGUCCCAGAUAAGGACCAUUUCUCGGCGUGGGCCAAGAAGCAUGCCGGCGGUGAAGAUAUCUACACAUCCACCAAUGUGAAGAAGGAACUGUUAAAGACGUUGAACGACUUUGGCAAGCAGUCGGAUUUGAAGGGCUUCGAAUUAAUCCGAAGCGUGCAUUUGACAGCCGACGAAUUCACCAUCGACAAUGAUCUUCUCACCCCUACCUUCAAGUUGAAACGUGAAGUCGCCAAGAAAGUGUACGAGAAGCAGAUCAGUGAAAUGUACGCUGCUUUGUCCAACGGCCGAGCAUUCAACUAA